UGUUAGUACCUACUGACAUUUCAAUUUUUAAUUUAAUUUCAUGUUCCCAAGACCCAAAGUCAAAAAUCAAAAUGGUGUACACACUGUUUUAGGGAAAUCAUUUUAACUUGUAACUUAUUGUUCAAUAUCUCUUGAUUAUUGCAAACAUGAUUAAUUUUAAAGACACCAAAAAUAAAUCUGCUCUCAGUACAAGAUGGGCGCAAAUGUCGAAACAAGAACAAAUCAUCGAAAAAAAGAAGAUGGAAAUUCAAGCCAAGCUACAGGCCCAAAAGCAAGCUGCAGCUUUAGCGGCUCAGGCUAAAUUAUCUAACCCUCCAGUAACAGAUGAAAAAGGAUCACCAAAUAUUUUCUCCAACGAUGGUAGUUUCAUGAGUCAAUAUAAAGCCCUUCUUGAAAAACAGAGUAAAGAGAAACAAGAAAAAGAAGCAAGAGAAAAAAAAGAGAGUGAAGAAAGUCAAAGAAAUAGCAAUGAAAAUAAGGAUACAUCUGAAACGAUUCCAAUGCUGGAAGAAAGUGAAGUAUUUGAUGCUUUUGAACCGCACAAUCACAACACAAAUGAAAGAAGACUGGAAAGAGGAACCAGGGAAAGGAACCGACGAUGGAAUGACAGAGGCCGUAACCGAGCUCAUAGUCCAAUGACUCCAGUUAUAGAAGACAGAAAGAAAGUGACUGAUAUUAUAAACAUCCCACCUUUAAUGCAACUUACUGUGCAACCUCCUGAUGAUCAAUCUCCACCACCUAAUGCCCUUAAUAAUCGUUGGGAUUCUCAUGAUGGCCCUUCUCCUAAUGAGGAAUUUGACGUAGAAGGUCAGCAAGACAAUUCUCUUGACCAAUGUCCAGAUUCAGUUUCAAUGGGAUCCGGUCCAAUGGUAUCUGGCCCAGGACCAAUGGGACCCGGGCCAAUGGGUUUUGGACCUAUGGGUCCUGGAUCAUUAAUGCCUAACUCUAUAGGUCCUGGUCCUAUGGUUGGUGGUCCGAUGGGACCAGGGGCAAUAGGCCCACCAAUGGGGCCGGGGCCUAUGGGUCCUGGUCCAUUGGGCUCCGGCCCCAUGGGUCCAGGGCCAAUGGGACCUGGACCGAUGAGACCUGGGCCAAUGGGUCCUGGACCAAUGGGACACGGGCCGAUGGGACCUGGGCCAAUGGGGCCUGGGCCGAUGGGACCCGGGCCGAUGGGACCUGGACCAAUGGGACCCGGGCCUAUGGGAUCUGGGCCAAUGGGUCCUGGACCAAUGGGCCCUGGGCCGAUGGGUCCUGGGCCAUUGGGCCAAAGAAACAUGGGUGCUGGCCCCAAUAUACCUUCAGGUCCAAAUAUGGGCCAAGGAUCUAAUUCAGGACCUAAUGGGGGUCCCAUGAUGGGACCAAGAGGACCUAAUAUGCCACCAAUGCCCCCGUUUAUGGGUGGUCCUCCAAAUUUUCCCAUGCCUCCAAAUUUCAUGGGUCCAAAUGGACCAGGGGGUCCCUGUGGACCUGGUCCGAUGCCACCAAACAUGUGCCAUCCUAAUAUGAGAGCACCUGGACCAAAUGGUCCUAUGCCACCAUUUUUUCCUUUCCCUAAUUCUCAAAUGCCUGGGCCUAAUGGCCCACCCAACUCAAUGAACUCUCCCUUCGGGCCUAAUGGUCCCAGCUUUGGCCCACAACCUCCGUUUGGACCUAAUGGUCCUAGUUUUGGACCAAAUAAUAAUGGCCCCCCAAUAGGUCCUCCUAAUAUGCAUUUUGUGCCCCAAAAUCCUUUGCCUCCCAAUUCCAUGCCCGAUUCGAAACCCUUGGACAAUAUACCUCCGCCUGAACCAAUGAAACUUCAGAACAUUCCACCUCCACUAUCACUGCCCCUCAGUCACAUACCAAAACCAAACGACAUGGAACCAGGACACAAACAAGCUCCACCACAUUCUAUGCAAGUUCUCUCUGCAGAUUCGUUCCCGCCAUCAGUUCAGCGAGCCGCCGCCGAGGUCGCAACCAACGGCGACCACUGGGAAAAUGUCCUGAAAGCAAUACACUCACAAGAUCAAAAUAUGUGGUUUCUGCAUAAUACAAACUCGAAUGAGUAUAAGGCAUAUAGGGAUCUCGUGACAAAGAUACGGUGUGAAGGCCAGGGCGAUAGAAAACCUGAGAUCAAACCCGAAGAUAAAUACGAGCCAGAAUUUUCCUUAGAAGAUGACGAUAGCAGUGACAACAAAUAUUUAAAGGAGGAAAUGAAAGACAAUUAUGAUAUAUACUCAAAUCAAUCAAUCAAACGCGAACAGACCAGCUCUCAGAGCGACGACGAUUCUGACCCUAGAAAGGAGCGUCGUAAGAGGAAGAAGUCGCGUUGGGGAGAUGACCCGCCAAUCGAUAUAAAACCACCGGGUGUAGUAACACCAUUACCAAAUUCUCUUCCAGGGGCUAAUUUAUCUAAGAUAGAUGAAGAAGGUUUAAAGCUUAAAAAUGUCAAUCGUAAUAAUCAAGCAUUAAUGCUGUAUGCAAUGACUAACUAUGGUACUACUAACCUAAGUGCGGAGGAUUGGAAAAAAUGUGAAGAUAAUUUCAAACUCAACUUACUGUACCAGGAUAUGUUAAAGAGGAGGCAAGAAGUUGAACGCUUGGCUGCUGCUGGCAAACACAAAUAUGAGUAUGACAGUGAUGAAGACACCUCAGAGGGAACAUGGGAGCACAGAUUGCGCGCCAAAGAAAUGAACGCCACAGAGAGAUGGGCAGAUGAACUCACAAAGCAAGCUGCGGGUAAACAUCAUAUUGGUGACUUUCUUCCACCUGAGGAGUUGAAAAAAUUCAUGGAAAAAUAUUCUGCGAUAAAAAGUGGCAAAGAGCCAGACUUAAGUGAUUACAAGGAAUACAAACUGAAGGAGGAUAAUGUUGGUUUCAAAAUGCUGCAGAAACUUGGUUGGAAUGAGGGUGAGGGUCUCGGUGCUGAAGGGACUGGUAUAGUUGAACCGAUAAAUAAAGCUAACCAGCCUGUAGCUAACUUAGGAUUAGGCGCAUCGACUUCUGACGUGGUCUCGCCUGAAGAUGAUGAGUUUGAUGCAUACAGGAAGCGAAUGAUGCUCGCGUACCGCUUUAGGCCUAAUCCUUUGAACAACCCACGCCGACCUUAUUAUUAAGAAAGAAACUGUCAAGGACAUAUAUCUAGAAGAAAAAUAAAAGUACACUGUAAUAUGUUGAAUUUAUAUAUUAUUAAUUAUAUAUUAUGUUUAAAACAUAGCAUAUUUAAGAUUAUACACAAUUCUUUUUUGUGUAAUGAUACGGAACUUAAAAGAUGUUUCUUAUCACGUGUAUCAAAUUAUUUUUAGUGAUUAGGCAUGUUUUUGUGUACAAAUGUUUAAAAGUUUCCAUAUUAUUGAUAGCGGGUGAAGGCAGCAAAUGAGAGUGGCUGAGUUCUACUAUUUAAAUGGCAUUACCUAUAAAUACCUAUAAUAAUUAAACAAUACUGCGUCUUCUUCUUUCGAAUGUCAAAUCAAUGAUGACAGAAAGAGAAAUCAGUGUUUCACUAAACAAGUUAAUUCUUAUAUACACUAGAUGUUUCUUCUUUAUAAUUAGUUUAUUUUUGUCAAAUAUAUAACAUAUACAAAUGUCUCAAUAUAAUUAGUAAAACUGUUAAUAAAAAAUGUAUAUCACAAAAUAUACUUUAAAAUACUAGCACUUAUAUCUAGACACGUUAUUUAUACAUAUUAAUAAUAUAUACUCACAAAAUAAUACGGAAUAAAAUUAAAUUCUGAUCCUGAAUUUUAAUCAAUCUUUCAACAGACAGUGAUGAUCCACUGCUGGACAUAUAGACCUCUCAAGUUUUAUGAGGACAAAACUCCAAUAUAAUAAUAUUGGAGUUUUGUGGUCUCUGGACAAGUUAAGCGUUCCCAUUUUCAAUUGUUUCAAUAAUGUAUCGGGUUAUAUAAACAAACGCCAAAAAUACAUGUAAUUUUCUUUGUUAUGAAAUUCUUAAUUGACAAGAAACUCACUGCAAAGAUCGUAUUAAAAUAAUGCACAUUUGCUAAUUGGCAGCCGUUUUUUUUUUCAAAAUUGUGACAAGCAUCUUGUCAUCUCAAAUAUAUGUCAAAAUAGAACUUCUUUAACUCAUUUUUUUGAUGUAAAUGUUUUUAUUCUAUUAGAAUUGUUACUUAUAAUAAAGAUCCAAAUUAUUUUGUAGUUAGGUAAUCUUUGAAUUAUAUUAAGAACUCCCCUUUUGUAUUAUAUACUAAGAUUUUAUUAACAAG